AUGUAUCCGCGCCCAAAAAUAAUUAGAGGGAUUGAAGCUGCCAGUAACAUGUUUCCGUAUCAAGUUGCUUUAACAAUGCUUACACCAUCACACCAAUUUGUAAGUUGUGGUGGUUCAUUAAUUCAUAAAUCAUGGGUUCUUACGGCAGCACAUUGUCUGGAUGAAUUCGUGGAAAUUGAAGUAAUUUUAGGAGCACAUAAUAGAAAAAAUCCACGUGAGCCAACACAACAACGAUUUAAAGUUUAUCCAAGGAAUUUUAUAAUUCAUUCAAAUUCUCCAUCAGCAGAUAUUGGUUUAAUAAGAUUACCAGCACCAGCCGUAUUGAAUAAAGCUGUAAGACCGAUACAAUUACCUUGUUUUAAUGAUGUGAGAAAAAAUUAUGUCGGAAAUACUGUUAUUGUCUCUGGUUGGGGACAAACAAAAGAUGAAUCAAAUAGUAUUGCAAGUCUAUUAAAAUAUGCUGUUUCUAAAAUAAUUCCUAAUAGAGAAUGUACUAAUAUUUAUGAAGAAUUUUUUAACGCAUUAGAAAUUCCAGAAAGAAACAUUUUUUGUGCAAAAGGAAUUUCUGAUAGUUCAGUGUGUAGUGGUGAUUCUGGCGGACCAUUAGUUUCAUUAAAUUCUGAUGCUAAACCUGAUAAAUUAAUUGGUGUUAUUUCAUUUGCUAUGGUCGGUCAAUGUGCAAAAAAUUUUCCACAAGGUUUUACUAGAGUCGAUACAUUUUUGAGAUGGAUUAAUGAAAAAACACGUGGGGAUGUACAAAUAUGCUGA